AGGUUUGACGUUACAAUGAUGAUCAGACAUUGGAUAAUGUUUUUGUUUUGCGCCGACUUCGUUUGCACAUUGACUAUGGACAUUGUUCAACCAGACACUUUGGUUUUUACUGGGAUUGGAGGUACUGUGUCUCUCACUUGCUUUUGUUCAUCUGAUAUGAUGACCUACGUUGCUUGGUUCAAGCAGAACUUUGGAGAGAAACCUCUUCCGAUGACAUCAACAUUUCACCACUCUCAAGAGAAUUCAUAUUUCAACAACUUUACCAAGGAUUUCACUGAGACUCAACAUCUGAGUGUGAAGAGAGGAGUUGACAGCUUUAACCUGACCAUCUCCAAGACAGAGUCAGGGGACUCAGCUACAUACUACUGUGGUAUUAUGUUAAUGGGAGAAGUCAAAUUUGGAGAAGGAACUGUUUUAAUUUUCAAAGGUUCAGAGUCCAACAGCAUGUCUGUGCUCCAGCAGCCUGUGUUUGAGUCAGUCCAGCCAGGAGACUCUGUGACUCUGAACUGUACAAUAAACACUGAGACCCGUGCAGGAGAACACAGUGUCUAUUGGUUCAGACAUGGCUCAGGAGAAUCCCACCCAGGAAUCAUUUACACCCAUGGAGACAGGAGUGAUCAGUGUGAGAAGAGCCCUGAGACUGGGUCUCCUACACAGAGCUGUGUCUACAACCUCCCCAAGAGGAACCUCAUUCUCUCUGAUGCUGGGACUUACUACUGUGCUGUGGCCUCAUGUGGGGAGAUACUGUUUGGGAAAGGGACCAAGCUGAAUAUUGACCAUGGUUGUAAGGAGCACCAGGUUCUCUUGGUGUACUGCCUGGGUGUAGCGUUGGCUCUUUGUGUCAUCCUCAUUAUUGUCCUUGGUUGUGUUUUGUAUAAGAUGACCAAGAAAAUAUUUAUCCCGUGCAGAGGAACGCACCCUCAAUCAAGUACUUCAUCAGUCCCCAGUUCUCAUGAGCAGGAUCAAGAUGUUGACACACUCCAUUACGCCGCUCUGAACGUCGUCCACAAGAAAGUGAAGGCCAUGGAGAGAGACACUGUUUACUCUGGGCAAUGACUUUCAGUCUUCACCACGUGCUCUCUACAAAAACCUUUGUCUGAGUGUGCCAGAGCGCAGAAUAACUGACGGAUUUACGAAUGCUCAACACCCGAUGAAUAUGGCCAGUGUCAGUAAACGUACAUACCCCAACCAGAAGCCAUGGAUUACAGGCAACAUCCACACUGAGCUAAAGGGUAGAGCUGCGUCUUUCAAGGAGUGGGACUCUGACCCGGAAGCUUAUAAGAUGUGUACCAGGAUGUGUACUCUGAGCAUGUGCUGAUCAACUGGCAAGUGUCUCCACUGACAUUUUCAACCUCUCCCUGUCUGAGGUGGUAAUACCAACAUGUUUCAUGCAGACCACCAUAGUCCCUGUGCCCAAGAACACUAAGGUAUCCUGCCUAAAUGACUACCGACCCAUAGUACUCAUGUCUGUAGCCAUGAAGAGCUUUGAAAGGCUGGUCAUGGCUCACAUUAACACCAUUAUCCCAGAAACCCUAGACCCACUCCAAUUUGAAUACCGCCCCAACAGAUCCACUGAUGGUGCAAUCGCUAUUGCACUACACACUGCCCUUUCACACCUGGACAAAAGGAACACUUACGUGAGAAUGCUGUUCAUUGACUACAGCUCAGCGUUCAACACCAUAGUGCCCUCAAAGCUCAUAACUAAGCUAAGGACCCUGGGACUGAACACCUCCCUCUACACCUGGAUCCUGGACUUCCUGUAGGGCCACCCCCAGGUGGUAAGCGUAGGUAACAACACAUCCGCCACGCUGAUCCUCAACACAGGGGCCCCUCAGGGGUGCGUGCUCAGUCCCCUUCUGUACUCCCUGUUCACUCAUGACUGCACAGCCAGGUUCCAACACCAUCAUUAAGUUUGCCGACGGGAGGCCUGAUUACUGACAAUGACGAGACAGCCUAUAGGGAGGAGGUCAGAGACAUGACCGUGUGGUACAAGGACAACAACCCCUCCCUUAAUGUGAUCAAGACAAAGGACUCCUUUGUUGAACGAGUGGAUUACUGAAAUCAAUGGCGCCAACUAAACUGACUUUUUGGGAUAGAAAGAAGGAUUUUAUCGAACAAAAUGACCAUUCAUGUUGCAGCUGGGACCCUUGGGAUUGUAAACAGAGGAAGAUCUUCAAAGGUGAGGGAUUUAUUUAAUCUCUAUUUGUGAUUUUGUGAAGCCUGUGCUGGUUGAAAAAUAUGUUGAUGUGGGGCGCUGCCUUCAGAUAAUCGCAUGAUAUGCUUUCGCCGUAAAGCCUUUUUGAAAUCGGACAACGCAGUUGGCUUAACAAGAAGUUAAGCUUUUAAAUGAUAUAAGACACUUGUAUGUUCAUGAAUGUUUAAUAUUACGAAUAUUUAUUUUAA